AUGGCGUCCCAGGCCUCAGAUCACACUAGUCUUUCUGUUCCUGGAGCCCUCCUGGCUGCUGCCCACCUCCGGGCCUUGCCCGAACCCCCCGAUCUUUGUGUGGUCUUCACCGAGACGCCUUCCCCGGAAGCUUCCAUGAGCACCCUGUCUGCAGAGAGCUCCACGGGCCAGGUCCUGCGCUGCGAUGCCAUCGUCGACCUCAUCCACGGCAUUCAGAUCGUCUCCACCACCCGCGAGCUGUACCUGGAGGACUCGCCCCUGGAACUGAAGAUCCAGGCCCUGGACUCCGAAGGGAACACGUUCAGCACCCUCGCUGGGCUCGUCUUUGACUGGACAAUCGUGAAGGACACGGAGGCCAACGGGUUCUCAGACUCCCACAACGCCCUGCGAAUCCUCACAUUCCUGGAGUCCACAUACAUCCCUCCUUCCUACAUCUCCGAGAUGGAGAAAGUGGCCAAGCAGGGGGACACCAUCCUGGUGUCCGGGAUGAAGACUGGAAGCUCCAAGCUCAAGGCGUGCAUCCAGGAGGCCGUCUACAAGCACGUGCACCCUGCGGAGGUCAGGCUACUGAUCUUGGAGAACAUCCUUCUGAACCCAGCGUACGACGUCUACCUGAUGGUGGGGACCUCCAUUCGCUAUAAGGUGCAGAAAAUCAGACAAGGAAAGAUUACAGAGCUCUCAAUGCCUUCCGAGCAGUAUGAGCUGCAGCUUCAGAACAGCAUCCCGAGCCCCGAGGGAGACCCGAGCCGGCCCGUGGCUGUCUUGGACCAGGACACGUCGAUGGUCACUGCAGUGCAGCUGGGACAGAGCAACCUGGUUCUCAGCCACAGGAGUAUCCGCAUGCAGGGUGCUUCUAGAUUACCCAACAGCACCAUCUACGUGGUUGAACCUGGAUACCUGGGGUUCGCCAUCCAGCCUGGUGACAGGUGGGUGCUGGAGACUGGCCGCCUGUAUGAAAUUACCAUUGAAGUGCUCGACAAGUCCGGCAACAAGGUCUACCUGUCCGACAAUCUCCGCAUCGACACCGUGUUACCUCCUGAGUUCUUUGAGGUGCUCGCUUCUUCCCAGAAUGGCUCGUACCAUCACGUCAGGGCGACAAAGAAGGGCCAGACGGCUAUCGAGGCAGCCCUCACCUCCGUGGUGGACCAGGAUGGAGGGGUCCACACGUUGCGGGUACCUGUGUGGAACCAGCAGGAGGUAGAAAUUCAUGUCCCCAUCACCCUCUAUCCGAGCAUCUUGACGUUUCCAUGGCAACCAAAGACGGGCGCCUAUCAGUACACAAUAAAGGCCCACGGCGGGAGUGGGAACUUCAGCUGGUCUUCGUCAAGCCACAUGGUGGCCAUGGUCACCGUCAAGGGCGUCAUGACCACAGGCAGUAACACUGGACUCAGUGUGAUCCAGGCACAUGACGUGCAGAACCCGCUCCACUUUGGGGAGAUGAAGGUGUACGUGAUCGAGCCCAGCAGCAUGGAGUUCGCGCCGUGCCAGGUGGAGGCACGCGUGGGCCAGACCUUGGAGCUGCCGCUGAGGAUCAACGGCCUCAUUCCUGGUGGGGCCGACGAGGUGGUCACCCUGAGCGACUGCUCCCAUUUCGACUUGGCGAUCGAGGUGGAGAACCAGGGCGUGUUCCAGCCACUUCCAGGGAGGCUGCAGCCAGGGUCUGAGCACUGCAGCGGGGUCAAGGUGAGAGCGGAGGCCCAGGGCUACACCACACUCCUCGUGAGCUACAAACAUGGCCACAUCCACCUGAGUGCCCGGAUCACCAUCGCUGCCUACCUGCCCCUCAAGGCUGUUGACCCCUCCUCCGUCGCCUUGGUGACCCUUGGCUCCUCAAAGGAGAUGCUGUUCGAAGGAGGUCCCAGACCCUGGGUCCUCGAGCCUUCCAAAUUCUUCCGGAACAUCACCUCUGAGGACACAGACAGCAUCAGUCUGGCUCUCUUUGGGCCCUCUACCUCCCGGAAUUACCAGCAACACUGGAUCCUCGUGACCUGUCAGGCCUUGGGCGAGCAGGUCAUCGCCCUCUCGGUGGGGAACAAGCCCAGUGUCACCAACCCCUUCCCCGCGCUGGAGCCCGCCGUGGUGAAGUUCGUCUGCGCCCCGCCCUCCAGGCUCACCCUGACGCCCGUCUAUGCCAGCCCCCAGCUGGACCUGUCGUGCCCGCUGCUGCAGCAGAACAAGCAGGUGGUUCCAGUCUCCAGCCACCGCAACCCCCUGCUGGACCUGGCCGCCUACGACCAGCAGGGCCGCAGAUUCGACAACUUCAGCUCUCUGAACAUCCAAUGGGAGUCGACCAGGCCGUCGCUGGCCAGCAUCAACCUUGACCUGCCCAUGCAGCUGGUGGCCCGGGACGAUGGGAGCGGCCAGAAGAAGUUGCACGGUUUGCAGGCCAUCUCGGUGCACGAGGCGUCGGGAACCACAGCCAUCUCCGCCACCGCGACUGGCUACCAGCAGUCCCACCUCAGCACGGCCAGGGUGGUGCAGCCGCACGACCCUCUCACGCCUGUGUCGGCCUCCAUAGAACUCAUCCUGGUGGAGGACGUGAGGGUGAGCCCGGAAGAGGUGACCAUCUACAACCACCCCGAUGUGCAGGCUGAGCUGCACAUCAGAGAAGGCUCUGGCUACUUCUUCCUCAACACCAGCACCACAGACAUCAUCAAGGUGACCUACCAGGAGACCAGGGGCGUGGCCACGGUGUUCCCUUUGCUCCCGGGCGUGUCGACCAUCAUGAUCCAUGACCUGUGCCUGGCCUUCCCGGCCCCGGCGAAGGCCGAUGUCUAUGUCUCGGACAUUCAGGAGCUGUACGUCCGUGUGGUUGACAAGGUGGAGAUUGGAAAGAUGGUCAAGGCAUAUGUCCGGGUGCUGGACUUUCACAAGAAGCCUUUCCUGGCCAAAUACUUCGCCUUCAUGGACCUGAAGCUCCGAGCAGCCUCCCAGAUCAUUACGUUGGUGGCCCUCGAUGAAGCCCUUGAUAAUUAUACCGCCACGUUCCGUGUCCACGGUGUGGCCAUUGGCCAGACCAGCCUCACCGCAACCGUGAGUGAUAAAGCUGGACAGCGAAUCAACUCAGCCCCGCAGCAGAUUGAGGACCUCGUGGAGGUGGAGGUGCUGCUUCUCCAGGCGGUGAGGAUCCGUGCCCCCAUCACUCGGAUGAGGACGGGAACCCAGAUGCCUGUUUACAUCACUGGGAUCACCAACAGCCAGAACCCUUUCUCCUUUGGCAAUGCCGUGCCAGGCCUGACCUUCCACUGGUCUGUCACCAAGCGGGACAUCCUGGACAUCCGGGGGCGGCACCAGGAGGCUUCGCUCCGGCUCCCGUCACAGUACAACUUUGCCAUGAACGUGCAUGGCCGGGUGAAAGGCCGGACCGGGCUGAGGGUGGUGGUCAAGGCUCUGGACCCCGCUGCUGGACAGCUGCACGGCCUCGCCAAAGAGCUCACUGACGAGAUCCAAAUCCAGGUAUUCGAAAAGCUGCUGCUGCUGAGCCCUGAAAUAGAAGCAGAGCAAAUAUUAAUGUCGCCCAACUCGUUUAUAAAGCUUCAGACAAACAGGGACGGAGCAGCAUCUCUGAGCUACCGCGUCCUGGACGGGCCGGAGAAGGUUCCUGUCGUGCAUGUUGACGAGAAAGGCUGCCUGACGUCAGGGUCCGUGAUUGGGAUGUCCACAAUCCAAGUGACUGCCCAAGAGCCUUUUGGGGCCAACCAGACCAUCCUCUUUGCUGUAAAGGUAUCUCCUGUGUCUUACCUGAGGCUCUCCAUGAGCCCCGCCCUGCACACCCAGAACAAGGAGGCUCUGGCAGCCCUGCCUUUGGGAAUGACCGUGACCUUCACCGUCCACUUCCACGAUAACUCCGGAGACACCUUCCAUGCUCACAAUUCGGUCCUCAGCUUUGCGACUAACAGAGACGAGUUCGUGCAGAUUGGGAAGGGCGUCGCCAACAACACCUGCAUCGUCCGGACCAUCAGCGUGGGCCUGACGCUGCUCAGCGUGCGGGACACGGAGCACGUGGGCCUGUCCGACUUCGUCCCGUUGCCUGUCCUACAGGCCAUCUCCCCGGAGCUGUCCGGAGCGGUGGUGGUAGGGGACGUCCUCUGUCUGGCCACAGUUCUGGUCGGCCUGGAAGGCCUCUCCGGAACCUGGAGCUCUUCAGCUCACAGCAUCCUCCGCAUCGACCCCAGGACGGGCGUGGCUGUGGCCCAAGAGGCGGGAUCUGUGACGGUUUACUACGAGAUUGCUGGGCACCUGAGAACCUACAAGGAGAUAGCGAUCGGUGUCCCUCAAAGGAUCGUGGCCCAUUCCGUCCGCCCAGGCCAGACCAGCUUCCAGGAGGCCUCCAAAGUGACCGUCACCUUGGGAGACAGAGGCUCUAACCUGAGAGGUGAGUGCUCUCCCUCCCAGAUGGAAACCAUUGAGACUCUGCACCCAGAAUCCCUCAUUAGCUGCCACCUCCAGUUCAAGCAAGAUGUCUUCGAUUUCCCAGCACGUGACGUUUUCACGGCAGAACCAGGAUUUGACGCCACCCUGGGCCGGUACCUCUGCUCAGUCACGAUGCACAGGCUGACGGACAAGCAGCUGAAACACCUCAGCAUGAAGAAGACGGCGCUGCUGGUCACCGCCUCCAUCCCCGGCAGCCACAUCUCUGGGGAGCAUGUUGGUGCCGAGGUGCCCUUCAGCCCAGGGCUUUACACUGACCAGGCUGAAAUCCUUUUGAGCAACCACUUCACCAGCUCUGAGGUCAAGGUCUUUGGUACCGUGGAGAUUCUCGAGAACCUGGAGGUGAAAUCAGGGUCCCCAGCUGUGCUGGCCUUUGAGAAGGAAAAGUCUUUGGGGCUCCCCAGCUUCAUCACAUACACAGUCGGCAUCUCGGAUCCCACAGCUGGCAGUCAGGGGCCUCUGUCCACCGCCCUGACCUUCUCCAGCCCCAUGACUAACCAAGCCCUCACCAUUCCGGUCACCGUGGCCUUUGUAAUGGAUCGCCGAGGGCCUGGUCCUCAUGGAGCCAGCCUUUUCCAGCACUUCCUGGAUUCCUACCAGGUCAUGUUCUUCACACUUUUUGCCCUGCUGGCUGGGACUGCUGUCAUGAUCAUAGCCUACCACACGGUCUGCACACCCCGGGAGCUCACUGCACCCCCAGGCCUCUCCCCCGGAGCCAGCCCUCGCCACAGCCCCCACUAUUUUGCUGCCUCGUCGCCGACGCCUUUCAACACACUGCCUCCCAUCCGCAGAGCCAGCCCUCCAUCGGGGCUGUGGAGCCCCGCGUACCCCUCCCACUAG